AUGAAAAACAAAUAUACUCCUGUUUCAGAUUCUGAUGACUCUUUCAAAGUGCUCAAUGAUGAAAAGUCAGACGCUAGAUCUUUAGAUGGUACUGGUACGCCUCCUCCGUACUCAGCUCCGAACAAAUUUAUUGAUUUAGAAAUGGCUGAUGGAUCCACUCAGCAUUCUGCCCAAGAGUCCACUAACAAUAUUGGGUCGGAUUCGACAUAUUCAAAGUGGGUUUCAGCGAAUAUCUUCUUUUUUUGCGUCUCUUGGGUACAUUGGGGCUUAUGGUAUUCUUCUCGUAAUGUUCUUUAUUUCAAGGUUCCUGUGAGGACACAAGACUUUUGGGGACUUUUUGGCGGAUUUAUUGGAGCGAUAUCACUAUUUCUCUAUUCAAUGUCUCAAUUUCCUAAAGAAUGGUUCAAGCAAACUGGUAAAGUGCUGUCCAACAUGUGUGCCGCAGCAUUAUAUGUGUGUUUUCUCAAUGUCCCCGGUUUCUCCAUGUAUUAUACAGCAAAAAAGAUAAUGCAAUUUGAAAAGAUAAAUAAUCGUUUUUUCUACGUUGUUUGUUUUGUUGAUUUUGUCUUGUUUGUUUUUAUUUCGAUGAAUCCAAUUGCCCGUGAACGACUUAGAUUGUUAGUCAUUGAUAUAGGAAACGGUGCAAACGGCAUAGGAAAUUCUGUGAAUCGUGUUUUUGGAGAUGAAGCACCUCAGAACGAAGAAAUAGAACUUCAACCUCUUGCUGAGCAAAGUGGUGAAGUUUGA